GCUCAACGCGGUUGACUAUAAAUGCAAACACUCAAAAGAGCUAGAUAAUAAAGGAAAAACGGAGUUAACUAAACAGAGCAAAAAAAUGAAGAUCUCCACCGGUACGACGCCGUUCGGAGGUCAUCUGCUGUUUGUGGCGGUUGGUCUGUUGCUUUGCUCGGCAUUUUGUUCGGCCGGCAAUGUAACCUACGACAGUCGCUCUCUCAUCAUCAAUGGCGAAAGGAAGCUCCUACUUUCUGCUUCCAUUCACUACCCUCGCAGUGUCCCUGGGAUGUGGCCUGCGCUUGUUCGAACUGCAAAGGAAGCUGGGGUUAAUACGAUUGAAACUUACGUGUUUUGGAAUGGUCAUGAACCUUCUCUUGGCAAUUAUUAUUUUGGAGGACGGUAUGAUCUGGUCAAGUUUGUGAAGAUUGUUCAGGAAGCUGGACUGUAUUUGAUUCUUCGAAUUGGGCCAUUUGUUGCAGCAGAGUGGAAUUUUGGAGGAAUACCUGUUUGGUUGCAUUACAUACCUGGCACUGUAUUUCGGACUGACAAUGAACCCUUCAAGUACCACAUGAAAAGGUUCACAACAUACAUUGUGAACCUAAUGAAGCAGGAGAAGCUUUUUAUAUCGCAAGGAGGCCCCAUUGUCUUGGCCCAGAUAGAGAAUGAAUAUGGAAGUUAUGAAACGGCGUAUGGAGAAGGAGGGAAACGAUAUGUGCAGUGGGCUGCUAGCAUGGCUGUUUCUCAAAAUGCAGGAGUGCCUUGGAUAAUGUGCCAACAAUAUGAUGCUCCUGAGUCUGUGAUUAAUACUUGUAACUCUUUCUAUUGCGAUCAAUUUAAACCUAUAUUUCCAAACAAGCCCAAAAUGUGGACUGAGAAUUGGCCUGGAUGGUUCAAAACGUUUGGGGACAGAGAGCCUCACAGGCCACCUGAAGACAUUGCCUUUUCUGUUGCUCGUUUCUUCCAAAAAGGUGGUAGCGUACACAAUUACUACAUGUUUCAUGGUGGAACAAAUUUUGGCCGCACUUCUGGUGGACCAUUCAUUACUACAAGUUAUGACUAUCAAGCUCCAAUAGAUGAAUACGGGUUACCUAGGCUUCCAAACUGGGGACACCUUAAGCAGCUUCAUGAAGCUAUAAAAUUAUGUGAACCUUUCUUGCUUAAUGGUGAGCCAGUUAAUAUAACACUGGGCCCUAACCAAGAGGCUGAUGUGUUCACUAAUUCUUCUGGAGCAUGUGCUGCAUUUCUUGCCAACAUGGAUGAUAAAAAUGACAAGACAGUCAAAUUUCGGAAUGCAUCUUAUCAUUUACCAGCAUGGUCAGUUAGUAUUCUGCCUGACUGCAAGAAUGUAGUUUUUAAUACGGCAAAGGUUACGUAUCCAUCAUCUGUGGUUGAAAUGGUACCUGAGGAUUUACAGCCAUCAGACAAAAACUUUAAUACUCUUCAAUGGAAGGUACUUGUGGAGAAGGCUGGGAUAUGGGGAGUAGCUGACUUUGUUAAAAAUGGCUUGGUGGAUCAUAUAAAUACUACAAAAGAUACCACUGAUUACCUAUGGUAUACAACAAGUAUAUUUGUCAGUGAAAAUGAAGCGUUCUUAAAGAACAGAAUCAAGCCUGUUCUUCUUGUUGAAUCAAAGGGUCAUGCUUUACAUGUGUUCGUGAAUCAGGAAAUCCAAGGCAGUGCAUUUGGAAAUGGCACACAUCCAUCUUACAAAUUUAAGAAACCUAUUACUCUCAAGGCUGGAAAGAAUGACAUUGCUCUACUAAGUAUGACGGUUGGUUUGCAGAAUGCAGGUAAUUUUUAUGAAUGGUGGGGAGCAGGAUUAACAAGUGUCAGGAUUAAUGGAUUCGACAAUGGGACAAUAGACUUGUCUACUUCUCCUUGGACUUACAAGAUUGGAUUGGAAGGAGAGAACCUAGGAAUAUACAAGCCGGAUGGUUGGGAUAAUUCAAAAUGGGUUUCAACCUCAGAAGUGCCAAAGAAACAGCCUUUGACAUGGUACAAGGCUAUCGUGGACGCUCCACCAGGAGAUGAACCUGUUGGACUGGAUAUGCUUCAUAUGGGAAAGGGUCUAGCUUGGUUGAAUGGUGAAGAAAUUGGAAGAUUCUGGUCUAGGACGAGCCCUUUGCAUGGUUGUGUAAAACAAUGCGAUUACAGAGGCAAAUUCUUACCGGACAAAUGCCGUACUAAUUGUGGCGAACCAACUCAAAGAUGGUACCAUGUACCACGUUCUUGGUUCAAGGCAUCCGGAAACGUUUUGGUGAUCUUUGAGGAGAUUGGUGGGGAUCCAUCAAACAUCAAAAUCUCAAGACGGAAAACCUCAGGUAUAUGUGCUGCUGUUUCAGAGAACUAUUCCUUUAAUGUACUUGAUUAUUUGAUAUGACAUAGUUAUAUAUACAUACAUAUAUAUAUAUAUAUAUAUUUUUUUUCAUGCUACUGUGGUUUCUUUUAUAUGUCAUUAUUUUGUCAAUAUCCUAAUUAGUUUCAAGCGAUGCAGGUCCAUCUAAACAAAAAUAAAUGUGCCAUAUAAUUGACAGAAGAGAAUUUUGCUAUGGGUUUGUGCCCCAGUUUUACCAAGAAACUUGCGUUCGAAGCCCCGUGCAGCUGAAACUCCUUAUACUUGAAACUUACUAUGUGCCUUCGCUUGUUUGUCUUAAAAAAGGUUUUUCCUUUUUUUUUUUUUUUUUGGUGGUAUUUUUUCCCCAGAAAAAUAAGGGUUAUCCUUCUUGAUAUUGUAGUUUGUAACAGUAAGAAUUGCUGUUUUGUUAAAUUAAUUACAUUUAAUGUGUAACUAAUGAGUUGGUAAGCGAGGCUUUUGUUUUAUU